AUGGCUGAUCAAGAUUCACCUCCCGAUGCUUUCCUUUACACAGACCCGUCAAAAACAAGAGUUCACACCACCCAGCCUUCGCCUUCAGUGUUCACACCUGAACAAGCAGGCCACUUCGCACCUCGGCAACAAUAUGGUUUUGAACAGCAGCAGCAACAGCAGCAGGCAAUCCUUCAGUCUCAGCAGAUGAUGUCCACGAUAAUCAACUCCAACAUUGUCUUUCCAGCGAAUUCACUUGGCUCUGACCCUGAAGAACUGAAAUGCAAGCACUGCCAUGAGAAAGUUGUGACAAAAACGACCUACGAGUUUGGAAACUAUGCCAGACAGUGGCUCUUUUGUUUGAUAUUUUCCUUGUAA